AUGACUCUCCAUGGAUUCCCGAGAGAGACUGCAUACAGAGCUUUUCCUCUGACGUUAAAAGGAGUAGCUCGGGGAUGGUUUGGAGCGCUGUGGUCGGACACCAUCGAAAAUUUUGAAGAACUCGGUAGACAGUUUAUCACCCAGUUUAUGGCCAACAAGUGGAGAAGACGGUCAGCAGCAUACCUGUUAACAGUGAAACAGAAGGACGAUGAGAGUCUCAAGGCGUAUUUAGUGCGAUUUAAUAAGGAGAGAAUGACAGCUAACGACCAAGAUGAAAAAUUCAUGAUGGCUGCAUUGCUCGGGGGAAUCUGGCCAAGAAGUCCUUUCAUGACCGAGCUGGCAAGAAAAACUCCAUCCACCCUAAUAGAGUUUAUGGAUUGGGCAGAUGAUUUUGUGAAUGCUAAAGAAACACUAAUCGCCCUCACCACAAGAUCGGGAUGA